CCAAGCCCUCGUUAAGUGAAUGAGAGAGUUAAACCUACCGAGAAAGUUCGCUGCUGCUUCCUAGAGCAGCUCGGGCUUGAAGACCUUUCCGUUUCCGGUGCUGGCCUCCGAGCCCCAAAUGCCUCUUUUCUCCAGCUAUGCUGACGAGCUAAGCCGGUGACAUUUCGGAAACCGAGCACUUUUCGCCCGCUAUGGAACUUGCGGCGCCAGAGGCAGGUAGGGAGAAUCCAGAUGGGGCAAAGCUACUGGGAAACCGGACGUCAAAAUUCCCGGGAGCCCUCGAGUCGCCCCUCGAUCGCGAGGCUGAGCUGCAUGAGCGCCCUCUGCUGGCGCGGCCGGAGCAAGCCGCUGGGGAAAAGUUGCUGGUCCAGCAGUACCUAUGUAGGUCAGGCUCAGGCGCUGAGCAAGAAGCCUUUGCCAAGACCGAUGAUCCUGCAGUCCCCAAAGCUUUCAGGUGUCGGAAUUGUGGGCUGACUGUGGCCAGCCUCUCUGACCUCAUUCACCAUCAAAGCAGCCAUGGGUGUGACCGACCUUUCAGCUGUCCAGAGUGUGACAAAAGCUUCCGGCGUGGCUCAGAUCUGGUUAAGCACUACAGAGUUCACACUGGUGAAAAACCCUACCCCUGCCCAGAAUGUGGCCGUUGCUUCAGCCUCAGCUCUAAUCUCACUAAACAUCGGCGUUCUCAUUCCGGUCUCCGGCCUCAUAAGUGCAUGGAGUGCGGAGAGGCCUUUGGCCGCAGUGCUGACCUAGCGAAGCACCAGCGGGUACACACUGGGGAGAAGCCCUAUGCUUGUGCUGAGUGUGGUAAGGCUUUCAGGGUUAGCUCCAACCUCAUCCAGCACCAGCGCACUCACACUGGCGAGAAACCCUACCGCUGUGGACUCUGUGGCAAGAGUUUCAGUCUGAGCUCUAACCUUUUACAGCACCAGCGCUGUCACACGGGUGAGAAACCCUACUUCUGUGUCUGGUGUGGAAUCAGCUUUGGGCGCAGUUCCUAUCUGCUGGAACACCAGCGUUCACACACCGGGGAGAAGCCCUACAAUUGCUGCGAGUGUGGCAAGAACUUCACCAACAGCUCUAACUGCCUGAGGCACCAGCGCACUCACAACGGAGAACCGCCUUUCAGGUGUCUGGAGUGUGGGCGUGGCUUCAGUGAGAGCACCGUGUUCAUUGAACACCAGCGCAUCCACUUGAGCAAAUGACCGACCUUUCCAGAGUGUGGCAAAGUCUUACAGCACAGUUCUAUUAAUGUUCACACAUUAGAAGUGUCCUGGUGGCAGCUAGUAUUUUGUGGACAACAGCAGCAUAUCCACACAGGCCAAAGACCUCACAUUUGCAGCAAGUGUGCCAGGAGCCUCAGGCAGGUUUCCUUCCCACUUGCUCUUCUACCAGGUGAUGCACAGUAGCAAGGAGACUUACAUCUGCCUGUAAUGUGGCGAGGCCUUUGCCCGUAACUCCCAAUCCUGUCUAACACCAAUGGAUGACCAGGACGGGAGCUUCUGCAUAUAUCCCUGGCUUCAAUUUUAAUCCAAAUUUUAUUUCUGGGGUUGGUCCAGUCCUGAGAAGCCUGAAGGAACGAGUAUUUUUUUUAAACAAACAUCUUCUGCAUCCCUAAGGUGGUUUAAUUAAUGGCUGAUAAUAGGACUCAAUAUUGCCAUUUGGAUUGAGACAGGAACCCCAGGCUAGAAGAACAUAGCACUAGAGCUGUGACUACUACCUUCAAAGAGAAAAGAUUUAAAAAAAAAAAAAAAGGUUCUAUUCUGUGAGGUUACAUCCAGAAUGUUCAUUAGCUAGAAGGAAGUUUUUAGGUAUCCAGAGCCACAUAAUCCUGACCCAGCUGCUUUGAGAUAGGUUAACCAUAACAAAAGCAACAAUUACUUUUUCCCAGAGGAAGAGGACUUACAAGCCAGGCAAAGUUCCUGUUGAGUACUAUAGCAGAAGAAGUUGAAGGUAGACCAGAGGGGAUCAUAAAGAAGGCUAUGUUCUAGUUAGGGACCAAAGAAUUUGAAUUUGGGAUUGUAUACAUAAACUCUGGGUGUAGGAUUCCAUUCAAAGAACUAUUAUCACUUAGUAACUAUCUUUACUGUUCACACUAAGAUGGUGGGGAAUGAGGUCAAAACAAAGAAACUUUUGAGUUCAGGAUGCUUUAUGGUAUUUCUAGGUAUGGGACAAGGCCCAAGAUUUGUUAUCUGGCCUUUUCCUAGUCCUUAAUGCCUUCCCUCAAAAAAUUCCCUUCCCUCAUUCCUCCCCACCACGCCCCACACACUUCCUCAGUCCCUCUGGAAGAAGAGGGAAGACCUCUGAACUUUUGAGAUUACACGGCCUUUUUGUCUAACAUAGAAGCAGGUUGCUCACCCAAAUGUAUUUCUAUUGCUAAAAUUAGUGUAUUUGAGAUUUGGGAGGUUUUCCAAAGCAUUGCAUAAUCAUUAAUCAGAUGAUUAUGUCCAAGCAGAUGCAGUCUGAACAGUUUCCUGAGAGGCAUGGACUAACCUUUUAAGGUGUUUUCUGUUUCAAGGACCGACUAGCUCCUUUGUGACAAUCCACUUUCAUCCUUAACUGCAAACUCCUUGUCCCCUUGCCCUCCAGCUCUGCUGCAUCUAGAACUGGGUCUAUAUAGAGUAAGAGGCUAAAGAGGAACAAUGUCAAGUGACCCAGACUCAGUUUCUAAGUGUCCAGGUUUGUCUCUUCCUAGCUGUGUGGCCCAUCACCUCUUCUGGGUCUCAGUUGCUUCAUCUGUGAAACGUGCAGUCUACCUCACCAGGCUGUGAAGAGUCCAUGAAUAUACUUACUUUCAUGAAAUACCUGCUUAGGGAAAUGGCUCAGUAAGCCUCAGUUCUCCUCAAGUCUGGAGUCCUGUUGGUUAUGUCAUUCAGAAAGCAUCAUGGCAGCUCACAGAUCAGCUUCUGAGAUUUCAGAAAUGAAUUGUCCUGGAGUAGACUAUUGUCCCAUAAAGGCAAUGUCACCUGGAGCAAAUCUGAAAGGCAUGACUCAGGCGAUGUCUAAUAAAGAGCUCUGGCUCCUCAAGCUGGAUAGAAGAAACUUACUCCAAGCAGGAGUAAGUAAUUAAGAAAUUCUGGAUGUGUUCCCAUUACUAGUACUUUAAAAAACACAACCCAAAGUUUGAGUUGAAUACCUGAGCAUAGCACAUACAUAAUUGGCACUCAAUAAAUAGCUAUGAUUGGGUUCUGUUUAUACUGCUUACUAUUGUCUUUGGCUCCCUUACAAUGAGAGAGUAAAUAUUUUACCCAUACCUGUGUAUGUGUGUUAAGCACAUGGCACAGGUGAGCAUGGAAGGCUGCCUUCUCACAUUAGAGCAGAUAAUCACUGGACCUUCUAUCUGAACUGAAGCACUAAUAAUAAAAAGCCAGAGACAAAUAUUGGGGUUCAACCUAAAAACCAGAAAAGCAAAACA